AUGAGUCGUUUCAAUAAUUUCGGUAAGUCUGCAUGGGGCGGUAGUCGCCCGGAUACGUUUCAUAAUGGGGCUUCUCGUCGCCCGAAUUUUAAUAUUAGACGCAACGAGAUCUUUCAACGGCAGGAGACCGACGAUGGCGAAUUGGAGGGUCAGCCAACUGGGGAGUCGCUUCGUCAGGACCCCAUGAACGAGAAACUGGAUCGGUUACUUGACAAGAUGGAGAAGUUCGAUCAAUGGAGGGAUACGGCGGAUCGCCGUUUCGAGAGUCUGGAUAGAUCGGCGCCUCGCGCGACCGACCCCACCCUACGGUUCGACGUCGGGGACGAAGAGGAGUACGAGGAUUUCAGACGGGGGAAGUCGAGAGAGAUUGGCGCUCGCGCGAGAAACCCUAAUUUUGAAUUUCGCGACUACGCGACGGAUGAGAGGGUUCGACGCACGGCAAGGGGCUACAGAGGCUCCGACUGGGACCCACCAGGGAAUCGUUAUGGUCGAACGUGUUGGGACCCCCCCCAACGAUUUCAGCCACCAGCUUUGGGAUUGGACAGGAACCAAGUAUCGAUGAAACCACCCCGGUUUGAUGGGAGCGAGGCUACGAAUUGGAUUGCCAGAGUUCAGUAUUACUUCAAUCACCUCAUGAUGCCGGACGCACAACGCCUUCACUACGCAGUCAUGUUGUUCGAUCCCCCAGCAUCGGAAUGGGUAUUUAAUUAUUGCGCGAAUAACGAGUUUGUGACGUGGCAGGAAUUUCUGGAGGACGUGCGACAUCGUUUCGACAGACAGAGCUUCAAGGACUAUUUUGGCUUGAUCGCUAAGCUGACUCAGACAGGAACAGUUCUGGAAUACCAUGAUACUUUCGAAAAGUACCUAAAUCGGGUCCAGGGGGUUCCGGAGGCGAAACUGUUUACUCUGUUUGUGGCGGGCCUGAAACCGGAGAUGCAGGAACGUCUCACAUUACACCGCCCAACAUCUUUAGCGGCAGCCAUGGCACUGGCAUUAGAGAUUUCGGAUACACAUUCGGAAAGAGCAAGUCAGCAUCUUAGUUCCACUUUCCAGCGCAGACAGUGGAACGGACGUGAAAACCGCCCCUCUGCGGGCCCAUUAGGCUCGCAACCGCCGUCGACAACGGCAGCCGGAGUGAGCCCCGCUCAGGUUCAGCCACAACGGCAGAAGGACCAGCCACGCCAUCCAUUGAUAAGGGUGUCACAAGCAGAGCGAUCCGAACGAUCACGGCUGGGUCUAUGUUGGCACUGCCCCGAAAAAUGGGUCAUUGGGCACGUGUGCAAGCAGCGGAUGCUUUGUUAUGCGGACGAGGAUGAGGGGGCGUUUGAAGAGGGCGAGUGCGAUAGAAGAGAUGAGGAGGCACCGACGGAGGUGCGCAUAUUCAUUCCCUUGAGGGAGGACGGAAGCGAUAGGGACUUCCUCCACCCGGACGUCGCGGAGCGUCUACAUCUGCCAUUAUCCCCGAUCCGACCAUUUCGAGUCUUUGUAGGGAAUGGAGCUGCCUUAUUGUGUACUCACAUAGCGAAGCAAACAAGGCUGAAGUUACAGGACGCCGUUUUCAUGGUGGACCUUCAUAUUUUACCGAUUCAUGGCCCGGAUGUGAUUUUGGGAAUGGAUUGGCUGGAGUCGCUAGGCAAGAUCUCAGCAAAUUUCGCUAGCAAAACCUUGGAGUUCGUUCACAACGGCCAGCCGUUCACUCUCCAAGAUAGUUAUGUUGGAUCUCGAUUCGGAGACCCCGGAGUUGAGGCGUUCCCUGCGGAUUUACCUGUGGGGAUAGCCGGGGUGUUGGAGAGUUUUCGAUCGGUAUUCCGCGUACCUACGGAGAUGCCACCGAUACGGCAAUAUGACCACAGAAUCCAUUUGUUACCGGGGUCCAAACCGGUUAAUGUGCGACCUUACCGAUAUCCGUAUUUUCAGAAGAACGAGAUAGAACGGCAAGUACGUGAGAUGCUGGAACAAGGAAUUAUUCAACGCAGCAACAGUCCUUUUUCGUCACCGGUCUUGUUAAUAAGGAAGAAAGACGGUUCCUUUCGAUUCUGCAUUGAUUACCGAGCGUUGAACCAUGCCACAAUCCCCGAUCACUUUCCAAUCCCUACAGCAGAUGAGCUCUUUGAUGAAUUGGGGAAAGCACGAAUAUUUUCGAAAUUGGAUUUGAGAUCGGGCUAUCACCAGAUUCGGAUGCAUGAGGAGGACGUAUUCAAAACAGCCUUCCGCACCCAUGAUGUCCACUUCGAGUUCCUGGUGAUGCCGUUCGGAUUGACUAAUGCGCCUUCCACUUUCCAGGCCGCCAUGAACUCGAUAUUUCAGCCUAUGCUCCGUAAGUUCGUGAUUGUGUUCUUUGAUGAUAUCCUGAUUUACAGCCCCACCGUCCAAGAUCACGAAGCGCAUAUAUCAGCAGUGCUAGCAGUGUUGCGGGAGCAUAGUUUCUUCGUCAAACUGUCAAAAUGCUCUUUUUGUAGUUCGACAGUGGAAUAUCUGGGUCACCUAAUCACUGACGGUUCCCUAAAGGCAGAUCCGACGAAAAUUGAGGCGAUGACAGCGUGGCCUGUGCCCCGAACAGUCAAGCAGUUAAGAGGAUUUUUGGGUUUAACGGGCUAUUACAGGAGAUUCAUUGCUCAGUACGCCUUGAUUGUCGCCCCGCUUACUGAUCUCCUCAAAAAGGAGGCGUUUUGUUGGUCGCCGGCCGCGGACGAGGCUUUCCUGUCGUUGAAGGAGGCAAUGACAAAGACCCCAGUACUCCGUUUGCCUGAUUUUGAGAAACCUUUUUGCAUUGAGACUGAUGCCUCGGAUUCGGGGAUUGGAGCAGUAUUAUUACAGGACAAUCACCCAAUCGCAUUCUACAGUAAGAAGUUGGGACCACGUCGCAGGGUUGCCUCAACGUAUCAUAAAGAACUGUAUGCUAUUGUCGAGGCUGUUCAGAAGUGGAGACAAUAUCUUUUGGGCCGUGAGUUCGUAAUUCGCAGCGAUCAGAAGAGUUUGAAAGAGUUGCUUCAGCAGGUAGUUCAGACUCCGGAUCAACAGUUGUACGUGCGAAAGCUCAUGGGAUAUAAGUUCACUAUAGAGUAUAAGAAAGGGAGUUUGAAUAGGGCGGCGGACGCCUUAUCCCGGCGGGAGGAGUCGCAGGUGACAGCCGACGCCGCAUGUGUGGAGGACGACGCAGCUCAGUACUGUCAGGAGCUGAUUGCUGUCUCGCAGCCAAUCCCCGAACUCCUGGACCUGCUUCGCCGAGAGACAGCCUCGUCGCCAGAAAUGCGAGAGCUGACCGCGGCUAUUCGAGGGGGAACGGCACCCCCACACCUUCACUUCGUCGACGGGCUGAAGCCGGCAGGUCUUCUGCAGCCGCUCCCGGUGCCCACACAAGUUUGGGAGGAUGUAUCAAUGGAUUUCAUUACGGGGUUACCACAGUCUAGAGGUUAUACAGCGAUUAUGGUUGUGGUGGACCGAUUAUCGAAGUAUGCCCAUUUCGCGCCACUCCUAAAUCGUUUUGACGCUCUGCGGGUGGCCCAUUUAUUUGUCAAUAUGGUAGUUCGUCACCAUGGAUUCCCCGCGACAUUGGUGUCGGACAGAGAUCCGAUAUUUCUGAACCAAGUGUGGCGAGAAUUGAUGCGUUUAAGUGGAACCAAGUUGAACUUCUCUACCGCAUAUCACCCACAAUCGGAUGGGCAGACGGAGGUUCGCAAUAGGGGACUGGAACAAUACCUUCGAGCAUUCACUGCGGAUCGGCCUUCUAAGUGGGCCAAUUUCCUUCCUUGGGCGGAGCUUGCUCUUAACUGCUUUCAUCACGCCGGAUUAGGCGUUUCUCCUUUUAAGGCAUUGUAUGGUCGUGAUCCUCCAAAUUUGGUGUUUGCAAAUCCAUCGAAUUCUACUCCCCCUUCAGUGGCCGAGAUUAUUCGUCAGCGGAGCGAACUUUUGGUCGAGUUGCGGCGUAAUUUGAUGAAAGCUCAGCAACGUAUGCGUGAGGCAGCAAACAAACAUCGUCGACACGUGGAGUUUGAGAUAGGAGACUCGGUGCUGUUGAAACUUCGCCCAUAUAGGCAGCAUUCGGUGGCUCGCCCCCAGUCGGCAAAAUUGGCUAGGCGCUACUACGGGCCUUUUGAGGUGAUAGAACGCGUGGGUCCGGUCGCUUACAGACUACGCUUGCCAGAAGGGAGUCGGAUACAUAAUGUGUUUCAUGUCCUAUGGCACGAUGGCCGACCCAUGGAACACGUUUUAGUGCGUUGGUCCGAUGGGACCGAUUCGCCUACGUGGGAGCCUACCGAGUUGGUGCAGAAACGUUUUCCUAAUGUGCUCCUUGAGGACAAGGAGGUUGCUUUGGGGGAGGGGGUUGAUACGAUUCCACAAUGCACGAAUGAUGAGGCGAAUGUUGACGCGUCGGAGGAGCACGGGACGACUCCUCAAUGCACGAACGACGCGUCAGAGGAGCUUGGAACAGGCGACGUAGCGCGCGAAGAGCAAUCUAUCGCAAGAUCGAAGCCCACGAGGAACCGACGCCCUCCCGAGAGGCUCGUCGACUUUGUUCCUAAAUAA